CCAUGUGACAUUAGUUCACUUAGUUUCGAAAACAUUCGUUGAAUACGAAACGAAAACUAAAAAAAGAAAUGAUGCAGACGACGAGGUGGAAAACUGACACAAAAAAGAAUUUUUAUGAUCACUCACAAGGUUUCAGACUUUGUCUUUUUUCUAACACUAACUAUUCGAUGGGUAGAUGCGUCGAAACUUUUUUGCCUUUCGCUUAACCUUGAAACUUGCCCAUUCGAAAAGAAAUCGUUAAUUCUCAGCCGAAAGUCGAAGAAAGGGAGAUAUAAGUUUGUCCCACGUGAAGCCCUACUGGCGCCUCACUCCAGUUGGCUUAAUUGACCGGUUAUGUCCGUAAAAGAAACUUUGGGUACCUAAAGGGACUACCAGCCGUGCUCAUAAGGAUGUCAAUAUCAGCAUUGACUCCACUUGCAAAUCGAAAAGGCACCCAUUACAGUAAGGUUAGUCACUGGUUAGUAUGAAACUUUUGAGCUGCUCGUAAGAGGGUCACUGGUUUACUCCGGCUAUCAGCUUUUUAAGAUAUGGAAGGGUAGCUUACGCUUGGUUCAAGCCUGUGUGUUCACAACUCUUUCGAGAAAGGUUGUGGGAAAAAGCGAAUAAGUGGAUAGUUCUCGGGAUAUGGUUCCCUGACCUCAGGAUUUCUGGGAAAUCUGAGAAAACAUCACUGUAAUGACGAGGCGGACUUGACGAAUUUAUCUAUUUAUUUUUCACAUUUAAUCCACUGUUUACCAGAUACCAAUAUUACAUUUCGAGGUUGUUGCGAGCACUUUUGUCCUUUUUUCAGACAACCUCUCUCAAAACAGCUGUAUAAGAAAGGAGUAAAAAAAGCGCCAGUGCUGUAGUCGAUGUUGUCGACAAAUAAAAUCUAUUUUGCUUUCUGACAUACACUGUAUUACAAUUUCAAACGCGCUUGACACUCUGCUCUAUCAAUAAUCGCAAAAUGUUGGUUCUAGACAAACGAAAAGGAAUUUCAUUCGGUCUUAUUCGUUUCUACACAAGAUCGUUGCUUUUAUGUGGAGUGUAGGUCACAUUGGACUAUAGAAAAUAAUUACUUGCAGUUGGCCCCAUUUGAGUUAUGACCAGCGAUUUUUGUACUCUAUUUUAUAGUUCAUAAAAGUAUUAUUCUCAUUUUAACAGUAAGUUGUUAAACUUUAAUGAACCUUCAAAAGUUUACCGUCGAGUCAGUUUUUAUUUCGCCUUACUGUCGUUAUUAUGUUUUCUUUUUCAUCUUUCGUAAAUAUUUUGAGUAGAUUAUAAUGGAAGUAAUAUUGACACUGAGAAACAUAGUAUGUUCUCAUUUCGUUGGCAUUAACUAUGUAUGAAAAGAGUAACCAAACCCAAACAAAUUAAAGUAAUUGUAACUCUUUGUUUGAAAAAAUUCAUCCAAAUUUCAUAGCGGUAUCCUGAUCUAUAUUUCAUUACCUGGAUAUUUCUGAAGCGAUGUUUUGAACAAAUCUAGCCAAGAAUAUCUUUUGAUCUAAAGUGAACGUAUGAAUUUUUAAUACAGAAGUGCAAUGGGUUGAGUGAAUUCAGAUCAUAUUCUGUUUUCGAGGGUUGAAACUUAUCGUCUCUAAUUCAUCAGGAUUUAAAGGGAAAUGAUCGUUAAUCCACAGGAGAAAUGUGUCCUCCUAUCAAUACUGAUGAUCUAUCAUGGCACGCUUUGCGAGGAAAUAUGCAAAAGUGAUCGUCCCCAGCAAGUAAUAUUUACCCAAAGAGUGCAAGACUACAUUUUAUCAGGUCCCAUAGUCAAGACAGAGCUGGUCGCCAGUGACCAAGAAUGCCAGAUGCAGUGCAUUUUGAGUUUCAAGUGUGACGUUUUUGACUUGGGGCCUCUGGAUGAAUCGUUUCGUCGAUCCUGUAAGAUCUUGAGAUAUGAAAUCAAAAAUUACACUCUUCAGCGCCAAAAGGGGUGGAGCUUCCGAGCGAGAAAGUGCGCCUAUUCUCCUUGUUUGAAUGGUGGUACUUGUUUCUCUAUUGAUCAAGCCAACGCUCCACGAUGUGCUUGCAUUGGCAACUGGACAAGUCCCACGUGCUCUGAUGCAGUUGGCUGCAAAGAUGAUUGGAUAAGGAACGACAUAUUUUGCUACAAAAUGUUCAAAACGGAAGUCACAUUUUUCGAAGCCAAUUCCAGCUGUUUAAACGGAGGUGCUGAACUGGUUUCAAUUGAGGAGUCUCAAGAGUUAAGUUUUCUUGACGAGCUUUUAAUAAAGGAGCACGUCGAUAAGAUAUACGUGGGUAUGACUGACAUUGCGGAGGAAGAUCGAUGGGUGUGGAUGGAUGGUAGUCCUGUAACCUUCGAUCCCCUGUGGCACGGAAACCACCCUAAUGGUGGUACAAAUGAAAAUUGUGGAGAGUAUGUAAAGCAACAUGGCUUCCACGACAAAAAUUGUGAAACAGAUAAGAGACCCUUCGUUUGUAAAUACUCGUUGUAUAACCUGUAACUUUCAAAGCCACGGAUUAACGUUGAUUAAUUCUCAGAUAACAUACCCUAGCACUUUGAUACUCUUAGCCUAAUAUUUAGAACAGGCAGACCAGUUUUAUGAAAGUCACGUAUUCACUGCAUCUCAGCGUGGCCGAUCGAUGGAUACCCCUUUUAAGUAAGCAAGCUAAAGCCGAGGUGGAAUUUUUCUAGGAAAAUGCCUUUUACAAGCAAGAUUUAAGAUAAUCCUGUGAUAAUCUAAAGUGACCUUAGCGGGUGAUGGGCUUCAUGCAACGUCUCUCUCGAUAUUGACGAUGAGGUGUACAUAAGCGAAUGCUUGUGUAAAACUUCAUGUUACCAUACAAAGUAUGCACCAUCUGACUGGUCGAUUCAUUUUUCGAGCCUAAGCCCCAGCACGCUUUAAGAAAUAGCUGAGACGUUAGAACUACUCUGAUUGGUCAGGAACAUAUCGGCGAUAAAGCUAAAAUGGAAAGGUAGAACUCCUGCCAAGUGACCCAUCGAGCUGGAGCUAGUGCAGGUUUUCAUAAAAUGAAGUAAUACGCAGCAUUACUAUUCACCCCUGCAUGGGUCCGUCGCUUGGUCCCCCCCCCCCCAACAUUUAAUCAGGCUUCCCGAAAGUUCGCUUGUGUGCAGAAAAGGGACUCUGAAAGUUAACUGUUUUGCCCAAGGACUGAUACACCCACAUCUAUUCCACAAAAUAACUUUAUCAUAACAGCCCAUUACAACCAAGCUUCUCAUGUUUUCUCCAAAAUUCAAGUGGAAU